AAACCUGAUUAUUGUAUGUGGAAUUUCUUUCAGGUCUUCCAGUUUUUGUCCCGCCAUAAACAGUCAAAGAGGUUUAUUCUUGUUCAUUGUACUCAUGGGCAUAAUCGCACAGGCUUUAUGAUAAUUCAUUUUCUUAUCCGUUCACUAUCGUUAUCUGUCACUGAGGCAAUACAUAGAUUUGCUAGUGCACGCCCACCAGGAAUAUAUAAACAGGACUAUAUUGAUGCAUUGUACACUUUCUAUCAUGAGAGGAAACCUGAAACAGUCAUUUGCCCACCAACUCCAGAGUGGAAAAGAUCUUCUGAUUUUGACCUGAAUGGUGAAGCUGUGCCAGAUGAGGAUGAUGAUGGUGCUAUAGAUGUUUCUUUGCAACAGGAUGAUCGUGUAGAAAAUGAAGUAAUGACAAAUGAUGAUGUCAUGGGAGAUGCAAUACCUGCUGACCAGCAAGAUGCAAUGCGACAAUUCUGUUAUCACACACUCAAAUUGGGUACAGGGACGAAACGAAUCUUACAGUUUCCAGGCUCGCACCCUGUGUCUCUCAACAGGGAAAACUUGCAAUUGUUAAGACAACGGUAUUACUAUGCGACAUGGAAAGCUGAUGGAACACGCUAUAUGAUGCUUUUAACUUAUGAUGGAUGUUACUUGAUUGAUAGAAACUUUUGUUUUCGAAGGGUGCAGAUGCGGUUUCCGACAAGAAACACAAAUGAGGGUUUACCUGAGAAGACUCACAACUUAACAUUACUUGAUGGUGAGAUGAUAAUUGACACUGUUCCAGAUACACAGAAGCAGGAGAGAAGAUACUUGAUCUACGAUAUGAUGGCCAUUAAUGGGACGUCUAUUGUAGAGCGCCCCUUCUACGAAAGGUGGAAGAUGCUUGAGAAAGAAGUGAUCGAACCUCGAAAUUUGGAACGCCAGCAUAUAAAUCAUAGUAGAAAUUCUUACUACAGAUAUGACCAAGAGCCACUCAGGGUGAGGAGAAAGGAUUUUUGGUUGCUAUCUACUGUUAACAAGCUUCUAAAUGAGUUUAUCCCAAGGCUUCCACAUGAAGCAGAUGGUCUCAUCUUUCAGGGCUGGGAUGAUCCUUAUGUUCCCCGCACUCAUGAGGGCCUCUUAAAAUGGAAAUACCCUAAAAUGAACUCAGUUGAUUUUCUCUUUGAGCUGGAAGACGAAGAUAGACAACUACUUUAUCUUCAUGAACGGGGAAAUAGGAAGCUUAUGGAAGGGAAUCUGGUUGUGUUUAAAGGAGAACCCUCUGAAUUUUCAGGGAAGAUUAUAGAGUGUUCGUGGGAUUCUGAAGCAGAGGUCUGGGAAUGUAUGCGCAUCAGGGCAGACAAAUCAACUCCAAAUGACUUCAAUACCUACAAGAAGGUGAUGCGAAGCAUAAGGGAUAAUAUCACGGAGGAGGUCUUGUUAACUGAAAUUGGUGAGAUUGUUCGUCUACCCAUGUACGCAGACAGGAUAAGGAAUGAUAGCAAAGCGGCCCAAAUGCACCACCAGCACCCAAAUUCAGCGCGACGGAGAUGAUGGGAGUUUAUGUACUCAAAGUUGCUGGUGUUUACAUAAAAUACAACCGAUGAUGCCACACUGCUGUGGAAAUAGUGUAAUUAGUAUCUAAUUAUAUCCCUAGGUGUAGUCUCAAAGCGUGUGUGACGCCGUUGAGUUGUACACAAGUCUAGUUGGUCUUCUUUUCUGCUGGUUGGGUUGUAGCUGUUGCCAUGUAUAUUACCAAUUCCGUUUAGUGACGAUUGCAUUAUUAGUUAAGAUCCGGCUAUUUAUCAACAACCCCUAUAAAAUUUCUGUUCCACA